AUGCCUUUGGAAGCUGGAUGGUUUUACGAUCACUACUUUGAGAAGAAGGACUCGACAUUUAAACAAACUAAAUCGGACGAGAAAGGGCAUCAAGACCAAUUGCCCUUCAUAUCCGAUAAAGAACUCCUGGAGAAAGAGGAACGAAGAAGGAGGUACACCAAGGGAAAAUACGAAAUUUUGAAAGCAGAUGCAGAAGUGGCUCUACAACUUCAAGAAGAUUUGCUUUUUCAGUUCUAUGAGGAAGACAUGAGGAUGAAUUAUAUUCAAUCCCGAAGAGAAGAAAUUAGGGCAAAACUGAAAGAGCGACAAGAUAAAAGAGAGCGCCUGGAGCGAUCAUUGAUGAUCGACAUCCCUAAUCAUGCUCAAAGAGAGAGGCUGAACAAGCUAAAAGAUCGAGAACAUUUAACUAAUUCUUUAAACGUAUUUUCAAAUAUUGACAGCAAGGAAUUCAGUCCUGGAGCCUCUAAACGAAGUACUUUGAAUCCUACAUACGAUGAGACAUAUUUAACAUACAUUACAAACAACAAGGAGCAAUUACUUGCCCAACAUCUUCACCGUGAUAGAGAUAGGCAAUUUCAUUCUUUGCAGAAAUCAAUAAGAAUGACACUGGAAGAAGAUGUUGGAACUCCUUUCAUCAAGAGCAAGAAACAGAAAGAGAAAACAAGACAAAAGAUGCAAGAAAUGAAAGACAAACAAAAACUUGGGCUCAUUGCGCCUCAGCAUGAGGUGACAGAGGCAUUAUCUUUGAUGGACAGAUUUGAGGAAGGAUAUUAUUCUGACUAA